AUGUCUCGGCAGUCUGUCUGCAGAAGCUUUGGAGGCGGGAGUAGAAAGGGCUACAGCUCUUGCUCUGCCAUCGGUGGUGGCUUUGGAGGAGGUGGCGGCAGAAGUAGGAUCAGUUACAGUUCCUACUCCUCAUCCAGGGGAGGUGGAGGAGGUGGACAUUGUGGAGGGUAUAGCAGCAGAAGCCUCCAUAACAUGGGUGGCAGCAGAAGAAUUACCAUGGGUGGAUGCUAUGGUGGUGGAGGAUACGGCAGCAGAAUGGGUGGCUUUGGUGGAAGUUACGGAGGAGGAAUGGGUGGCUUUGGUGGAGGAAUGAGUUGUGGAGGAAUGGGUGGCUUUGGUGGAGGAAUGGGUGGUUUUGGUGGAGGAAUGGGGGGGGGGGGGGGAAUGGGGGGGUGUGGCGGAAUGGGCGGUGGAGGAAUGGGCGGUGGAGGAAUGGGUGGCUUUGGUGUCCCGGGCUUCCCUGGAGGCAUCCAACCAGUGCAAAUUGACCAGAGCCUCCUGCAGCCGGUCCAUGUUGAGAUUGACCCCCAAAUCCAGCAAGUGAAAAACCAGGAAAAGGAACAGAUUAAGACUCUUAACAAUCAGUUUGCCUCCUUCAUUGAUAAGGUCCGCUUCCUGGAGCAACAGAACAAGGUCCUCUCCACCAAGUGGGAGCUCCUCCAACAGCAAGGGCCUUCGGGGCCAAGGAAGAACCUCGAUGUCAUCUUUGAAAAUUACAUCCAGAACCUGAGGAGGAGGCUAGAGUCUCUCCUGGGACAGAGGGGGCAGCUGGAGUCAGAGCUGCAGACCAUGCGGCAAUACGUGGAGGAGUACAAAACCAAGUAUGAAGAUGAGGAGGGGCGCUGUUGUCUACCCAUGUGGUCUUUCUUGUAGGACGUGGACUGUGCCUACAUGACUAAAGUAGAGCUGGAAGCCAAGGUGGGAGCUCUGACUGACGAGAUCAACUUCCUGAGGUGCAUCUUUGAGGAGGAGCUGGCUCAGAUGCAGACAAUCAGCCGGGACCUGUCUGUGGUGGUGUCCAUGGACAACAACCGGCACCUGGAUCUGGACAGCAUCAUUGAGGAGGUCAGGCGUCAGUACGAGCAGAUUGCUCAGCGGGGGGGUUGGGAGGCACUCAGGUAUGAAGAGCUGCAGAACACUGCUGGAAGGCACGGCGACAGCCUCCGCAACACCAAGAUAGAGAUCCAGGAGUUGACCAGGAACAUCCAGAGGCUGCGGGCUGAGAUUGAGAACGUGAAGAAGCAGAACCAUCAGCUGCAGGCAGCAAUUGCUGAGGCCGAGGAGCGGGGUGAGAUGGCCCUCAAGGAUGCCAGGCGGAAACUGGAGGAGCUGGAAUGUGCCCUGAGCAAAGACAAGGAGGAGCUGGCUCGCUUGCUGAAGGAGUACCAGGAGCUGCUGAACAUCAAGAUUGCCCUGGAUGUUGAGAUUGCCAUGUACAGGAAGCUGCUGGAGGGAGAGGAGAACAGGCUGUGCAACGAAGGCAUGUCCAACGUCAACGUCUCUGUGGUAGGCAGGACCACCAUCAGUGGAGGCAGAGGAGGCAUGGGCGGAGGCUUUGGAGGCGGCAGCGGCAUGGGCGGAGGCUUCGGAGGAGGCAGCGGCAUGGGCGGAGGAAUGGGAGGAGGCGUGUGUGGAGUAGGAGGCGGCUUUGGAGGUGGAAGCAUGGGCGGCAGCUGCGGAAUGGGAGGAGGAAUGUACGGCGGUGGCUUCUCUUCUGGAAGCGGAAGGAUCUGCGGCUCUGGAGGUGGCAACUUCAGCUCCGGUGGGGGAUCGUCCUCCGUACGGAGAUGUGUCACGACCACCUCCGUCAAAUCGUCAGGAGUGAGAUUCUGA